AAGAAGAAGCAGGAGACGCCCGCCAUUGCGGUCCGGCUGCUGCUGGUGCAACACACGUAGGAAAAACAAGAUUCUCACCGGGAGGACAUUGAAUGUUGUGAUACCAUCUAAAGAAACGUUAAGAAAGAGUGGCAACGCUUUCAUAAAAGUCUACAACUGUUAGUUUGUUCUGUAAGAAAGGCCUCGAAAGGGCAGUCGUGACGAGAUGGCGGCGUGGGACGAACAACAGGCCUACGAAGAGCUGCUGUAUUGGGACAGUUUGAUCCAACGGGGCCACCUUCUCGUUCCUAAGGAUCAGUACAGAUACGAGGAGUUGCGGUAUUGGUAUGACUGCCUCUUUUACGAGGAGGAGCUGAGGCAGUACCAUGACUACAUUGCUUCUUUCGAAAAUAUGGAGGAUCAUCAGCAAAAUAAGGAGACUGCACAUCUGUCUAGAAAAGCUUUAAAAAAAGCAGCAGCACUUCAGAAGGUUCCCGGGCCAUACGAUCACGUCAUAAUGGCCAAACACUCAGAAGUGUACCCCUCUGCAAAGGAGCUGGAGGUUGUGCAGACAGUCGUUUCCCACGUAGAGUGUGCUCUCAAGAGUGUUUCUGACAUGAUGGAUGCCCCAAAAAAUGGCAGUGGAGCUGCAGAGGCUGAGACUGAAGAGCGUAUCUUGCGUGGAGUUAUGAGGAUUGGCCAGGUCGCCAAAGGACUUCUACUGAAAGGAGACCUGAACCUGGAACUGGUGUUACUUUGUUCCAGCUGGCCUACAAGCUCUCUGCUUACACAAGUGGCUGAAAAGUUAACAGAACAACUGGAGAUAAUUUCUACUGGAACCUAUGAAGUAACCCCAACUCCUGAGGAUGCCACUAUUGUUGUGAAACGUACCAAGUUCUCAGUGCCGACUCUUUUCAUCCACCUGACCUCUCCUCGUGUCAGGACAAAUAAGAUGAGCUCCACAGCAGAGACAGGAGUAGAAACGCAAACAGUCGACCAUCCGCCGGACAUGCUGGACAGGCAGAAAUGCCUCUCUGCCUUGGCGUCUCUUCGCCACGCCAAGUGGUUUCAGGCGAAACUUAGCGAUAAGCCUUCAAUUGUCAUUGUGCUCCGGAUCUUGAGGGAUAUGUGUAGGCGUAAUCCAUCCAUGACCCCCCUCUCUGGAUGGCUUCUUGAGCUGCUGGUAGAGAAGACUGUCAGUACAGCUAAGAAAGAAAUGGAAGUAGGCGAAGCCUUCCGCAGAGUUUUGGAGUGCAUCUCCUCUGGAAUCCUCUUAGAAGGUUCGCCUGGCAUUAAAGAUCCGUGUGAGAGAGAAGACAUUGACGUCACCACAUUUCUGACUGAACAGCAACGUGAAAGCAUCACUCAGUGCGGUCAGAACAUGUUGAGGCUGUUUGCGUUUGGAAGACUACGCAACGUGUUUGGGCUGUGCCACAAAUUCUUUAAGCAUUUAAAAUAUCUCUCUUCGAUGGCAGUCAACACCGCAGAGGGCCCAGCUUACCUGUUACCUGCUGCUCCCUUCAGUCAUUCAGUAAAGAGACCGUACUCUGAGGUGGAGGGACAGGGAGAGUCCAGUGAUGGCUACAAACUGCAAAAACUAAGCGACAUUGAUGAUUGCCUGCCAAGGGUCUUAUUCUCAAAAGAUUCAAACAUAAACCCUGUGAUGCGAUUAAACCAUUACGCCUCCUCCCUGGAGUUCCGGCUCGUAGACCAAAGUGGGCCGACCCAUGUGCCGGUCUUUACGAUGGCUGUGGAGGUAAACGGGAAGGUCUACCAAGAAAAAGGACCAUCCAAGAGAAUGGCCAAACUUAACCUUGCAGCCAAGGUUCUGCAAGAUCUUGGUCUUCCAACAGGCAUGUUAGAUAGACCGAAGUCCGUAGAUGAUGCUGCUGGGACCCAGAAAUCGGCUGAAACUGAUUCCCAAACCUCAGCUUCGGAUCCGAUUCGUCAGGGUCACAUCUUGACAAAAAGUGGCAAGAAUCCUGUCAUGGAGCUGAACGAAAUACGCCGCGGACUAAGGUACGAGGUGGUCAAGCCUAAAGGAGCCCACCGUCUAAAGUGCUUUCAUAUACAGGUGGAAGUCGACGGACGGAUGUUUACUGGGAAAGGGCUCAGUAAGAAGGAGGCGAAGGCCUAUGCUGCUCUUGCUGCUUUGGAAAAGCUGUUCCCAAAUGGCAAGAGCACUUCAGAUGAUGGCAAAACUGCUGAAAAGAAGAAGGGCACCUACACUGACAUGCACAUUCCAGGAUUUGGCACCAUCCGUGGCAUUCCAUCAGAUUCUGGGACCCGUGGCUGGGGUCCCAACAGAGGGGGUCGCGGCAGAGGACGUGGCAGGGGCCGUGGCGGACCUUUUCCUUCAGGAACAAGUUAUAACAUGACUAACUACAGCUAUGAGGGCAGCACCGACGCAGGCUAUCAUAAACUGUACGGUAACGCAGGACAAAACACCGGAAUGAGUGAAACGGGCGCCUUCGGCACAUAUGGCUUCGAGAGCACCUCCUUUGCCUCCCCACAGGCUUCGGCCUCCAGCAGCAUGGGCUCAAUGCCUCCUCCAGUUGAUCAGCAGAGCCCAUACAGCUACGGCUACGGAGAAGAGAAGAAGAAGAUGCUGACCCAAAAUCAGAACCAGGGGGAGGAUUUCUCCAUUUACAGCACAGCUUAUCCCAGCUCUGUCACAGGAGGACAUUCGUACAAUAAUUGCGGGUGGGAGAACCAGUCGUUCUGAGGGAUUUGGCACCUUGGGACACAACCAGCAGUGAUCCUGUCUCCUCGCACUGCUGUUUUUUUUUUUUUUUUUAACCCUCAGCCUGGACGCUGAUGCUGAAAAAACUCGUCUGUUAACAAAAAACAUACAUUUUGUUAGUGAAAUCGGAAUGUUUCUGUUUUGUUUCAUCACCCUUUACCGAUGUUUGUAGUUUGUAGACACCAGAUUAUCUGUAAAGUUCAGGCCCAACUUAAAACGAGAAUUCCUUUCUUUGAGCUUCUGCUUCAGUUUAUCUGUAUCAGUUAUCUAUGUUUAAUAAAGAGUGCGAUUCUGAUUUAAGGCCAAUUGUACGGUAGUUAUAAAAUAAAUGUUUGUUGUCAUU